AUAUUUCUCAAAUUAUGUUUACUUAGGUUUUCCCUAGAAUGAGUGGUUCCCAAUCUUUUUUUGUCAGUAUUUGCCAUCAGUUGUCAUUAAUUCAUUGUUAUUAAUGGGAAGUGCUCUUUGAUCCGUCGGAACCUUGCUCAGUAUAGGCCCCAAAUGUUCCUUUAAGCCUCGGGGAAAACGACUUUGGCUGGUCGGUGCCCAAAGCCACACCCACUAAGAGGCCUUAGGAAACCUGGGGCUUUCCUGGCGGCGACCUAGCUGUGGCAACCACGCGGCGCGUCAGGAUCCCAUGGGUCGCGCUUGUUUUCCCCGUGGGAGGCGCGUCCCCCUCCUCCGCCCGGCCGGCCGGCCCUGGACCAACUGCCUUUCUGGCCGGGACGCCGGGCCGCUUUCCGCACGCGGCGCGCCCCGAGUUCAUUUGCAUAGGGACGCGCGCGGCGCCGGCGAGAGGGAGGGCGGGCGCCGGCGAGAGGGAGGGCGGGCGCGGCCGGGGAGACGGCGCGCGCGCGCCCUGACAGCUCGGCCCUGCUCGCUCACUCGCUCGUCCCCGGCUUCCGAGCACAGCAUGGCGGUCAAGGUGCAGACAACUAAGCGAGGGGAUCCUCAUGAGUUAAGAAACAUAUUUCUACAGUAUGCCAGUACUGAGGUUGAUGGAGAGCAUUACAUGACCCCAGAAGACUUUGUUCAGCGCUAUCUUGGACUGUAUAAUGAUCCAAAUAGUAACCCAAAGAUCGUGCAGCUCUUGGCAGGAGUAGCUGAUCAAACCAAGGAUGGGUUGAUCUCCUAUCAAGAGUUUUUGGCAUUUGAAUCUGUUUUAUGUGCUCCAGAUUCCAUGUUCAUAGUGGCUUUCCAGUUGUUUGACAAGAGUGGAAAUGGAGAGGUGACAUUUGAAAAUGUCAAAGAAAUUUUUGGACAGACUAUUAUUCAUCAUCAUAUCCCUUUUAACUGGGAUUGUGAAUUUAUCCGACUGCAUUUUGGGCAUAACCGGAAGAAGCAUCUUAACUACACAGAAUUCACGCAGUUUCUCCAGGAGCUGCAAUUGGAACAUGCAAGACAAGCCUUUGCACUCAAAGACAAAAGCAAAAGUGGCAUGAUUUCUGGUCUGGAUUUCAGUGACAUCAUGGUUACCAUUAGAUCUCACAUGCUUACUCCUUUUGUGGAGGAGAACUUAGUUUCAGCAGCUGGAGGAAGUAUCUCACACCAGGUUAGCUUCUCCUACUUCAAUGCAUUUAACUCCUUACUGAAUAACAUGGAGCUUGUUCGUAAGAUAUAUAGCACUCUAGCUGGCACAAGGAAAGAUGUUGAAGUCACAAAGGAGGAAUUUGCCCAGAGUGCCAUACGCUAUGGACAAGUCACACCACUAGAAAUUGAUAUUCUAUAUCAGCUUGCAGACUUAUAUAAUGCUUCAGGGCGCUUGACUUUGGCAGAUAUUGAGAGAAUAGCCCCAUUGGCUGAGGGGGCCUUACCUUACAACCUGGCAGAACUUCAGAGACAGCAGUCUCCUGGGUUAGGCAGGCCUAUCUGGCUCCAGAUUGCCGAGUCUGCUUACAGAUUCACUCUGGGCUCAGUUGCUGGAGCUGUGGGAGCCACUGCAGUGUAUCCUAUAGAUCUGGUGAAGACCCGAAUGCAAAACCAGCGUGGCUCUGGCUCUGUUGUUGGGGAGCUAAUGUACAAAAACAGCUUUGACUGUUUUAAGAAAGUCUUGCGUUAUGAGGGCUUCUUUGGACUCUACAGGGGUCUGAUACCACAACUUAUAGGGGUUGCUCCAGAAAAGGCCAUUAAACUGACUGUUAAUGAUUUUGUUCGGGACAAAUUUACCAGAAGAGAUGGCUCUGUUCCACUUCCAGCAGAAGUUCUUGCUGGAGGCUGUGCUGGAGGCUCUCAGGUCAUUUUUACCAACCCAUUGGAGAUAGUGAAGAUUCGUCUGCAAGUAGCUGGAGAGAUCACCACGGGACCCAGAGUCAGCGCCCUGAAUGUGCUCCGGGACUUGGGAAUUUUUGGUCUGUAUAAGGGUGCCAAAGCGUGUUUCCUCCGAGACAUUCCCUUCUCUGCAAUCUAUUUUCCUGUUUAUGCUCACUGCAAACUACUUCUGGCUGAUGAAAAUGGACACGUGGGAGGUUUAAAUCUUCUUGCAGCGGGAGCCAUGGCAGGUGUCCCAGCUGCAUCUCUGGUGACCCCUGCUGAUGUCAUCAAGACAAGACUGCAGGUGGCUGCCCGCGCUGGCCAGACGACAUACAGUGGUGUCAUAGACUGUUUCAGGAAGAUUCUCCGGGAAGAAGGGCCCUCAGCAUUUUGGAAAGGGACUGCAGCUCGAGUGUUUCGAUCCUCUCCCCAGUUUGGUGUUACCUUGGUCACUUAUGAACUUCUCCAGCGGUGGUUUUACAUUGAUUUUGGAGGCCUCAAACCCGCUGGUUCAGAACCAACACCUAAGUCACGCAUUGCAGACCUUCCUCCUGCCAACCCUGAUCACAUCGGUGGAUACAGACUCGCCACAGCCACGUUUGCAGGCAUCGAAAACAAAUUUGGCCUUUAUCUCCCGAAAUUUAAGUCUCCUAGUGUUGCUGUGGUUCAGCCAAAGGCAGCAGUGGCAGCCACUCAGUGAUGAGACAACUGUUGAGUGUGGCAAAACGGCGCCUUGAAGAAAGAGGCCUAGGAGAGCAGCCCUGUAAUGUAUCCAGUCAGCUGCAUGGUGCUGACUGAGCUGAGGAGUCAAACUCUUCUUUCUAUAUGACAUAUACUUGUUUAUAAAAUAAUCAUUUGCCCAGGGAAAAAAACCACAACGCUGUUUCAAGCUUUAGUCUUAUGUGUUGAAAUGUUUUUGUAAGCCUUGGCAUGAAUUAGUGUUCUAGACUCUGCUUUGCACAGCUUGCACUUACAGUGAUUGUACAUAUUGUACAUCUUUGUACAGAGACAUCUUGGCACCUCAUCCCAACAAAUCACAUUUGUAGAAAUGUAAUGCGGUUCUGAGUGGCUUGAAAUGUACAGAAUGUUUUGAAAGUGUUUUAUUAAGAAUCACACAAAAAUAAAUGUAUUAAAAUUAAAUUCAUUCUCUUAUUGGUGACUUAUGGAAAUAAAGCAUCAAUAUUGGAUGUAUUUAAUUCCUAGUUUGUUUUCCAUUCUGGAAUAAAAAGGUAUUUGCUGAUAAAAGGCAUAACGAGACAUAGUGCUGCUACCACUGAAUAAGUGAUACUUUGGAAAGACGCAUGCCAGUGGAUGCCAGAGGACCAGGCUAAUGACUUGUGUGUGCUGAUGUGUUUCCAUUUGUAUUUAAUGUGUGUGUAGACCCUCCUCUGUUCAUCAAUCAAAAAGCAUUUCCUAGGCAGCUCCUCGCCUGUCAGUGUGCAUAUGGAAACAGGGACAUCUCCAUCAUUAUUGGCUUAGUUUUGCUUUCCUUUGACACAGUAAGGCAAAGGCCAGGCUUUCAAAAGAGUAAAGGAUACUUUCACAAUUUCCCUUCAUAUGGAUAUGAUUCCAGUCAAAAAUAAAAUGCACACCAAAAUGUA